AUAUAUGCAAGGAGUGGAAUUCAGUGCAGACUACCGUAGACGUGCGUGACAACUCUCAGCCUAACUCAGUAGUUUUGAAUUGAAGCUAACGUUAGAAGGCGGGGGAAUAUCACAAGAUACGAUCGUUCACCAUGCAGCCACCUAAGGGAUGCCUUCUCAUCACAUCUGUCCUGGUUGCCAUAGCAACUGUGAUUUAUGCUCUUGUCCAGUCUGUACAUUACUUCACUGUCCCAGUUAAAUAUUAUGGCCUCCCACAUCCCUAUGAUGACGUACCGCCAUUCCCAGGCGAAACUUCAGACAAUCUAUGGUGGUUUGUACAGAUUUCAGAUACGCAUCUUACCACUGUGGAAAAUCCUGAGAAGUUAGCACGCGCUCGAGAUUUCAAGAUAUUCUGUCAUGAACACCUGAAAGUCAUAAACCCGAUGCUUGUACUUCACACAGGUGACAUCACAGAUGGUGCUCCCCAUGCCUCACAAAACAAAGGAGAUUGGAUAUCAUAUCAACAGAUCAUGUCCGAGGCUAAGCUACCAUAUUCCUUGAGAUGGCUUGAUGUGAGAGGAAACCAUGAUAACUUUGAUAUACCCUUCAGGCAGCAUGAAAACAACUUUUACAGGGAGUAUUCUAUCCUAGGUGAAAAGGGAGAUGAAUCUUUUCUCUAUAAAAUGGAACUGCCAUUUGGGACUUACUCCUUCAUCCAUGUUGAUUCCCUUCUGAAGAUUGGUACCAAGAGGCCUAUCAACUUCUAUGGUAUAUUAGAUGAGCUGAAUGUCUACCAUGUCAAGUCCUUGUCAGAAAGGGCCAAGGAGUCUCCCAGCAAUCAAACGAUAUACUUUGGGCACUACCCUACCUCAACGAUUCUCGCCCCUCAUGGACUCUAUGACAUAUUGAAAGGUGGGAUAGCUUAUCUUUGUGGUCAUCUGCAUGAUCUUGACCUGAAGAAUGGGAUCAAGAGAAUGUACGUUCUACAGAGGUAUGGUAGCCUUGAACUGGAGCUGGAGGACUGGAAAAAACAUCGAAAAUUUCGCGUGAUGGCGUUUGACCAUGACAUGAUGUCUUUCACCGAUGUCCAGUUUGGCGAAUGGCCGAUCGUUCUGAUCACCAAUCCCAAACCAGCUCGGUUCCUGGCCCCGGGUCAUGAACCAGAAAAAAGGAUGGCUCAUUCAUCACAUAUAAGAAUACUAGUCUUCUCUCCAAGUAAAAUAAGGAAAGUCAAGGUGGUGGUUGAUUUUAAGCCACUGGGUUAUGCGGAACCGGUAAAUGGAGGACCCCUUUAUGUGUUGCCAUGGAAACCAGAACGCUAUACCAGUGGCUUACAUUUGAUAGAAGUCACAGUCAAGGAUACAGCAGGGAGAUAUAAAACUGUCAGUCGUGAGUUUUCUCUUGAUCAAUCAAGGCCUAAUCAACCGUUCAUGUCAUCGUUUGUUAUCAUGAUCAACAGCUUUAUAUUUUUGGUGCUGUGUAUAAUAGGCUUGGAAUGCAUAUGUGUAUUUCCACUCAUGUUCUUCAGAAGAUACACAGAGAGACCCCAAGCUGGUCAACAGCCGGUUGUUGCCUGUUACGCCCACUUUCGCUGGAUAGGUACAAAAUGCACAUCUGGCAACCCUCUCUUGUAUGGCUUACUACUGCUUGUUCAUACAAAUGACAUCUAUUAUCCUCUUAUCUUAAUAGCAAUAUAUCCUCUUAUAGGUCCAUGGUUAGUAGGAGAGGUAGUGACGGACAUGUACGGAACAUUAACACUGUAUGGAAUGUAUGUCAACUCUACAUUUAUCGGUGACAAGUUUCCAAUGCUCUUCUUUGUUACUGAUCUCCUGUGUGUUCAUCUCCCAUUGACAGUCUUCUGUCUCCUUCAUCUAUCAAGAGCCUAUUACAUCCAAAGCUCUGUGAGAGUCAAACAUUCCCCUAAUCACUCAGGAAACGGGAUUAAGAACUGGAGGAGAUUAAUGGACAUCGUCCUCGUCAUCGUCAGCUUAUUUCUGCUCAAGUCCGUCCUGAGCCGGUCUCUGGGAACCAUCUCCAGGUUGACCCAUUGGUACGGGCCAUACGCCUUCUUCGUGUCACCCAAAUACACGUGGACAUUCUUGAUAGUUGUGUACGUCGCAUGCAGAUGCGUGUACAUAGGCUACAAAGGAGCACCUGCACCGAUAAGAACAGGUGGGACUGAAGCGAUGGAAAAUAGUGAAUAAUCAUGCAACUUAAACUCUGCUGCACUUCUACGCUAAUUUAAUGAUAUGAAGAAGACUGACCUUUUGCCCCCCCCCCCCCCUUCACGGAAGAAAGCAGUAACUACAUAUGUAUUUCAUUGUAAUUACAAUUACAAUUCUUCCAAUGGGGGAGGGGGGUGGGGCCUUAAAGGAAUGGAUUGAUAUUUGGAGAAAAAAAACUUUGCAAAAAGAUUGUGGAUUUUAUGUCCAUGAUAUUUCAAUUGAGGGCAUUAAAUUACAGGAUUUUAGGCACAGAUACAGAGUUGGACUUACAGGUGCGAAUUUCUCUGGAAAAUUUGACAAGCAAAAAAAGGUCAUUAGUCACAAAUGAGGGAGUUUGCCUCCCUAAAAGCUUGACAUUCUCCCAAAUAAAGGUGUUUUAUAGGCUGCGCUCGUAGCUCCGCCCCCCUUCCCCCCCCCCCCUUGAUCCGCGUCUGGUUUUUAGGGUGAUUGCCGUAAUUAGUGUAAGGUGAAUCUUACCACCCCUGUUAAACGGGCCAAAGCCAGAUUUAAAAAUAACAGUUGACUUUCCUCUCACUGGUAUUUUGCCCGGUUUGCAAGCAAUACAUAAUAAUGGAGUGUAUGAAAAUGUGGAAUUCCUUUUACUGCGAUUUUUUUUCUUAAUGAAAUGAUUCCUUAAAUUGUUAAUACUUCUUUGAAAAAAUUGAUUGCUUCCAAGUUUAGAAAAGUAAUGUAGAAUCACUGUAACUAUUCUUUUGAAUGAAUUCAUUCAGUCUUCUUUAAUGACUUCUUUCUCUCUCUCUCUUUCUUUUGGUGCUAAACACAGGAAUACCUUGUUGACAAAGGACAUUUUAGGCUAAUGGUAUACUCCAUAUAUAUCAAUCAGUAUGAUUUAUAUGAAAAAAUAUUUAUGGGAGCAUGCAAGAAACCCGCUUGAUUUCGGGGCUUGUGCUUGAUUUGCAAUUGAACGUAAGUUUCAUGCAAUGCCCCACUAGUAGCAUUACAUAUCUUUCCCUGGCUGUGCUCUGGGAAGAUAGUUACCUCCAGGGCCUUUUCUUACAAAACGUUGUGAUUGAUCUGAUUAAUCGCAACUAUGGGAAGCCAGUAACCCUCACAUCUAGAAUGCAUAAGUUGCAUGUAUUCAUUCAAAGUGUUGUCUAUAGUAUAUGAGAUGUAUACUCAUAACUGCAUCAGUGUAUUGACAAUUCAGUGUGCUCCUCUAGUUUGCAAAGGGAUGUCUUAUAAAUUACCUGUAUUGAGAAUUAUGACAUUGGUGGCUUUCCAUAUUUGAGGUUGCUCAAAUCAAUGUAAGAUGGGACGUAGAUCUACAAAGCAAUAAUUUUUCUUCUCACCUUCACCAUUAGUGAAGUGCAGUUGAAUGAAUGAUGCAAUAAUUAUGUACAAUUUGAUACAUUCAUUUGAUGGUCAAGCUGAGUAGGCGAUAGUAUAUUCUUAUUCUAUUUUAUGCACUACAGAACUGUGACCCACUCUUAUAGCAGGAUUCCCACUGAGCACUUUCACAGUGGCAUUCUUGCAUACGGUACCUCACUUGUAUUGUUACAAGAUGCUGCUCAUUGUCUUUCACAGUAGCAUUCACAUAUUUCCUGUUGUAUUCUCUAUGCUGAAAUGGAUGAGUGAGGCAAAAAGACGCUGAGCAGGAUUCUCGCUCAGUAUCUAUUACAGCGGCUUUUCUGCACUCCCUAUUGAGUUGUGCAUGCUGACAUGAGAGAAUUGCAAAUGAAAAGGUGCUGAGCAGCAAUCCCACUCAGCAUUUCUCACAGAAUCAUUCAGGUAUUUCCAAUUUGUUUUGUCGAUGCUGAAGUAUUGUAACUUUGUAGGCAAAAAGACGCUUAGGAGGAAUCCUGCUCGGUAUCUUUCACAGCGGCAUUCCAACAUUUCCCAUUGUAUUACUAUUGGCUAUACUGAAGGGGAGGAUUGCAAGCGAAAUGACACUUAGUGGGAAUGUGGGAUUCCUACUUAGAGACGCUGCUCUGAUUUGUUUUAUGGUGCCUGCAUUCAUUUGAUCGUCUUCUUUUAAAGUUUGGUGGAAUAUGAAAAAUUCCAUUCUUAGAACAGCUGUAUUUUCACCUCAUUAAUAAAAUACCAUUGAUACUUUAAUAUACAUUGCGACUCUUUUAAUUUAUUUUUAUGCACUUGGUGUAAUAUAACAUUGAUUCAUUGUUAUUUAAUGAAUGGGAAUUCUUGCCAUAUUUAUUUAUAAUUAAAGACUUAUUCAGACAUGGUGCAACAUAGAGAUCAUCAAGUCAGAAAAGUUCAUCAACAUUUUUAAUUUGAUGCAAAUGGUGAGACUCAUCAUUGGUGAUUAACACAUACUCUCAAAUCAGAUAUAUUUGUCCUAGAUUUUAAGUUUAAAAAAUUAUGGUACAUCUCAUUCUGUGCUAGAUUCUGAAUGAUAAUUUGAUUUGUCCAAAACUCUCAGUGGCCAGUCAAAAUAUGUUAUCCUAAUCAUAUAUGCACUGGACUUACAUUAAUACUGUCACUGUAUAUCAUUUGUAUCUCCUAUACUGACCGGGGAUGGCGUCUCAAAGCGCUUUGUAUCUCACAGAAAAGGCGCUAUAAUAUGAACUAUUAUUAUUAUCAUCAGUUAAAAAACCUACUGCCUCUUCAGCAUGUUUGUUUAUACUUCAUAUCCUGUUGACUUUGUUCACAAUGUUGCUAUUCUUUCUUGCAUCAUUUCUGAACCAGCCUUAAUUGGUACAUGGGUAAUGAAUGAAAUUUUCAUUGAAUAUACCUCGAUUUGAAAUAAAAGGUCCUGUAAUGAUGAGAAUAAUAAAAUCAACCGGGCCUGAGUUGACUUUCCUUAGAAGUCAUACAUAAUAAUAAUAAUAAUAAUUAACAUUUAUAUAGCGCUUAAUACAACAGUUUCUAAGUGCAUUGGAAAGGAAAAAAAAGUGAGAAGAGGAUAUAGAAUUAAGAGGACUGCUUAAUGAGGUAAGAUUUGAGGAGUGUUUUGAAAGAUUCGACAGUGGAUGCAUUACGGAUGAAGAUGGGGAGAUUGUUCCAGAGUUUAGGGGCAAGAGCAGAAAAAGCACGAUCGCCAUAACGGGUAAAAGUUCGGGGUCCUAGAGAUAGUCGAAGGUGAGCAGUAGAAGAAGAUCGGAGACGUUGAGUUGCAGAGGAUGAGGGACAGAGAGAGAUAAGAUUUUGAAGGUAGGAUGGGGCGAGACCAUGGAUGAUUUUAUAGACAAGGAGAAGGAGCAUGUCAUACUUCUGCUGAGAUUCCAUCCUGUGAUUAGUGCAUCUUAUAUCAUAUAGAUGAAAACUAUUUCUGUUGUCCAGAUAAUUUUACUUUGGCAAAGUUGGUUUUAUACAAGUAAUGGUAGGUGGCAGCGAUAUUCUGCACUGUAAACAAAAUUAAUGAGGCCACUAAUAUGCAAAAAAAUUAUCGUGAUGUUGUCAUUUAUACUCAUUUAAGCUCAACAUUUUGUUCACGUUCAAGGUUUUUGUACUUUGUUCAUGUUCAAGGUACUUUGUUCAUGUUCAAGGUUCAUGUUCAAGUGUUCUGUUAUUUUUAACUGUAAAUUUUUUUUUUUCCAAGGUAGACCAAGUUGUUUGGAAUGUUGUAAAACCCUUUUAUAUUCAAUUCUGUUAGUUUACAUUGUUGAGAUUUAUGUGGGAUGUAUGGAGUAACAAUGCCAAGAACAAUGUAAUUUUUUUUUUUGACAAUCAAAUUUUACAAGUAAACUUGCACUUCAGGUCGUUAUUGAGCAGUUGUUUUUGCAAUUUGGUAGUCUAUUGAAGGUUUUAUAAUCAUCACAAGUUUACUUUUAUUUGCUUUAUAUUAACAGAUGUUUUAAGAAAGGGCCUAUUCACUGAUGUUGGUUGAAAUAAGAUCUAGUACGCUUGUUUCCACUUGAAAGUACUUAUUUGUUUCAACAAUUCAAUCCAAAUGUCAAAACAAGGUAUCUGAAUCUUUGUUGAGCAUGAUUUUUUUAAAGGAUUCCCAAAUUUAUUCAUCUUACUUUGUAUUUUAUUUUAUAUUACAAAAAUUAAAGAGCCUGCCCAUUGCCUGUGUGAAAUCUCUUUUACAUCAUCAACACAACUUUGUAUCAAAAGAUACAAAUUGAAAAUGAUCAUAGUUAUAUCAAAUGCAAUAAAAUGUUGUAAAGUGCAAUUACUUUAUUUUUUUUUUCUACUUUUUAUUUUGUAUUUGUUUAUGACACAUCUAGUUCUGUGUGUAUACAUCUUGGCAUUAUGUAAACCAGAUUUAUUCCUGUCUCUUUUUUUACCUUUUAAAUUGAAAUAUGUAAUUUAACCUUUCUUUCAUCCAUGCACCUUAAAUAUGCACAUAUAUUGUGAUUGAAAUAAAAUUACGAAUCAUUUUGAACAUA